ACAUGCUAUUAAAAGAUCCCUGAUCCUCACAAGUUGCCCUGGCUGCAACUGGCAGUGGGACUGGGUUUGAAUGAACAAGGAGGAAAGCAGGGUUUAAUCUGCUUACCUAACUGGAAAAAACAGAUAUUUCCACUGAAGGCUGGCUUAACUGUUUACGCACAUGAAGAUGGGUCUCCCAUCUGUUAUGGUCCUGCCCCUGCUGAUAGUGGUUUUCGCUGGAGUUUACUAUGUUUACAAUGAGGUCAUGCGGUUCAUGUCCAAGUCCAUGGUGCAAAACAAAGUGGUGGUGAUCACAGACGCCGUAUCUGGGAUGGGAAGUGAGUGUGCCAGACUGUUUCAUGAAGGUGGGGCGAGACUGGUUUUGUGCGGCCCGAAUUGGGACAAGCUUGAAUCUCUGUAUGAUUCACUGUGCAGUGGAUCAGACCCCAGUAAAACUUUCACACCCAAGCUGGUGCUGCUGGACUUCAGCGAUAUGGAGAACAUUUCGAAUGUGAUCACAGAGAUUUGCGAGUGUUACGGCUGUGUGGAUGUUCUGGUAUGCAACAGCAGCAUGAAGGUCAAAGCCCCAGUGCAGAAUCUCUCCCUGGAGAUGGACAAAACUGUCAUGGAUGUCAACUACUUUGGUCCUGUUACAUUGGCCAAAGGUGUCCUGCCAUUAAUGAUCACUAGAAGGACAGGACAAUUUGUAUUGGUCAACAGCAUCCAAGGGAAACUGGCUCUCCCAUUCCGUACCUCUUAUGCUGCCUCCAAGCAUGCAGUCCAGGCAUUCUUCGACUGUCUGAGAGCAGAGGUGGAGGAGUAUGGGAUCUCCGUCUGUACAAUAAGUCACACCUUCAUUAACUCAGUACCACAGAACACCACUCCCUCCAAAACCCCACCCACCAAUCCCCUCUGGGCUUACAUCUCUUGCCUGUUGAACACUCAUGGGGUGCGUCCCAAUGACCUGGCCCAUGAGAUUGUGAGAACGGUGAACAGGCACAGACGAGAGGUGCUCCUCGCCCACCCCAUUCCCUGGGUCGCCCUGUACAUCCGCUUCCUGCUUCCCAGCUUCUUCUUUGCUGUGGUGGCUGCUGGGGUGAAGGAUGGAGCCAUGGCUGAGCAGCUGAAAUAGAUGAACUGCGGAAAGAGAACUGAAUGUAAAGAUUUAAGAAAUGACCCGAGGCCUUGUUAUUUAGUUUCAUGAGCUUUGAACUUGUUUCUGGUCUAGCAGCACACAGCAGGGGGGAUCUUUUGAUGUAAAAAUACAUGAAAGCUGCUUAUAUUUUGAUCUGGUUAGAAAUGGGAUGUUUUUAUUUAUCUUGGCAUUUCUAGUGACUGAGUAGCCUAGUGUGACAUUCUUCACAAGAUUCAAUUAUAUGAAAUAAUCUUUAGCCAUUAUAUGCAUUAAUACAAUAAAGCUUGGGACUUGACUUCUAUAAAAAGUGUUGUGUCAUCAGCUCAAAAUGCUCUAAUACACUAUAUUGACAUUAUUUCAAUGGUUUGCUAUAUAUAAGCAAAAAAUUAUCUUAUCUUUGGAUGUCUGAUAUAAGUUUUAAAAGUUCACCCAAAAAUCACAAUUUUGUCAUCGUUUACUCACUUUACUUGUUCCAAACAUGUAUAAUUUCAUUUUGUCUUUACAGUGCUCAAUACAUGAGACAGUCUGCCAUUCUACCAUUCUGCAAUAUUUAAAUCUUUUUGGAUGAACUGUCCUGUUAAUGUAAUAUAAUCUUAAAAUAGUAUAAUAUAACUCCUGCUUGUGUUUAUUGUCUUUUGUUUCUCUGACACAUGGUUUUGCAAGGAGACAGUGCCAAUUGGUUUCGUUCAAAAGCCAUAAAGAGCCAUAUAGACAAAAUUUCCCAGAUGUCUUUAUCAAAGGCUAAGGCCAGUUUGUUCAUUUAGUGCAGAUGUGGCUCACUAUCAUCACCUAGGGGCCACAUCUGAUGUAUACACUAUUUCUUAACAGCACGAUUGUACCUGUAGAUGGCACUAACCACAAACCUAUGACAUACUGAUACUGGAAGACUAGUAGAUGAAAAAUACAGAGAAAUACACUGCAAACAUGUGAUGUGUGAUGACACAUAUUGUAAUUGAUGAUGUCAGCCUUUUCUCAAUUAAGGCAUCAAUAAUACAUUUAAUAUAGUAGAUGUCUGUUAUAUAAUUAAGCUUUAUAUUAAAAAGUUACUGUAAUACAAGCACACUGCAAUCAAAUAUCAUGUGUCAUGAAUGCACGUAGCCGAUGCAUGUCAUAUCAUCACAUGGCAUUAUAUAGCUGUUGGUAAAUUGAGACAGGCUUCUGUAGAAGAACAUAUGGUUAGUGAUUCAAUUGUUUCAGCCUUUCAUCAUACUGGUAAAUGUGCAAUUAUUCAUUCAUUCAAUAGAAGUCUACUUGAUAUCAUUGUAUUAUGAUAUUAUAGACAGUUAUUUGUGGCUUCAAUGUA